UUAUCCUCAGUCCUGUCUGUUGGUGUGAUGGCCGUGUUGCUGGUGCUUCUUCUCUCCGUGCUCCUUGUGUCCCUCCACGCUCCAAGUCGAGCGUCUCCUUCCUGUCCUGUAAGCUGUCGCUGCUACAGCCUUACUGUGGAGUGUGGCUCCACCGGCCUGAGAGACAUUCCCAAAUACGUUCCUCCAUCCACACAGACCAUCUUUCUCCAGGACAAUGUGAUUGGUCAGAUCCGUCGACAGGACCUCACUCUGCUGAAGCACUUGCACUACUUGUACCUGCAGAACAACACCAUCUCAGCAGUGGAGCCUGGCUCUUUCCAGAACCAGGGUCAGUUGUUGGAGCUGGCUCUGAAUGGGAACAGGAUUCACCUGGUGACAGCUGAUAUGUUUCAGGGACUUGAACAUCUCCGCAUUCUUUACCUAGCGGGAAAUGACAUCACACGCCUACUGGACUACACCUUCCGUGGCUUACAGCGUCUGCAGGAGCUCCACCUGCAGCAUAACAGUAUAGAGAUGUUAGCAGACCAGGCACUAGUUGGUUUGACUUCCCUGGCUCUACUGGACCUGAGCAGGAAUAAUCUUCACACCCUUGGCCCUGCAUCCCUGCGACCUCUGGUUAGCCUGCAGGUGCUGCGCAUCACAGACAACCCAUGGCGCUGUGACUGUGCUCUCCACUGGCUAAGGAGUUGGAUUGAUGAGGAGGGCCAGCGACUGCUCAGCUCUGCGGAACGCCGGCUGGUCUGCACCGAGCCACCGCGCCUCUCCCACCUGAGCCUUGUGGAGAUCCCUCUCAAUAGCCUGGUGUGUAUCCCUCCUCUGGUGCAGCUGGAGCCCAGGAGGCUAGCUGUGCGCCUGGGAGAGAGCCUCAGGGUGUCCUGCCAUGCCUCUGGUUACCCUCGGCCACAGGUGACCUGGAGGAAGGCAUCCCAGGGUAAAGUGGUGCUUUCCCCCAGAGGCCUGGUUCAGGAGCUAGGCACUGGAGGAGGUACAGCAAGCAGACCAGAGGAGCCUUCAGAGGAAGGCAGAGUCAGUCUGCAGAAGACUGAAGGCGAGCGCUUUGACCCUGACACUGGCAGUGGAAUGCUGUUUCUCAGUAACGUGACUGUGGCUCAUGCGGGUUUCUAUGAAUGUGAAGCUUGGAAUGCAGGGGGUGUGGCCAGGGUGACCUUUCAGCUUGCCAUCAAUUCAUCCACUUCCUCCUCCUCCUCCUCUUCCUCCUCCAUCUGGGCAUCGUGGUCCCAGGUGUCCUCACCAUACUCCCCUGCCUGGCCCCGGCUAAGGAGCCAUGGUCCUGCUUUGGGCUCAGAUGUGAGCCGGGAGCCCCUGUAUGCUGUGGGCAGCAUGGCCUUCAGUGCUCUGGGAGCUGCCACUCAGACUGCCAUCGCUGUGGGCAUCUCCCUACUGGCUCUGACUGCGCUCCUGCUGGUUGCCAUGAUCUACAGCCGACAUUAUCAACGAGACAAGGAAGCUGAUGGAGCUGAGAAGGAGGAAAGCAUUCUGUAUGUGAAUGACUACUCUGACGGCCCCACCACCUUUGCCCAGCUGGAGGAGUACCGUGACGAACGUGGCCAUGAGAUGUAUGUCCUCAACAGGGCCAAGCCAGUGCUGCCUCCUGCUCCACCCACAGCUGUCUCUACUACUAACCUGGGUUGCCCCGCUCCAUCUGACACGUCUAGCCACACCCUCUCCUCAGGGCCCACCCAGAUGAGUCCUACUCUGGCUCCCAACAAACAGCAGCAACAACAGCAAGAGGGCGAUAUACGGACCAUGAGGAGAAUGGCAGGAGAGGGAGGGGAGGCCGAGCCUGUGAUCACAUCAGAGGCUGAAGGGAUGUUUCUUAAUCACACAGGCCUAUUCAUGGACUCUCAGAUUGCCUAUGAGAUCCACUGCUGA